CCUGAGCAGGAGGCGACAAUGGAAAAGUACUCUGUUUUUUAUUAUAAAAAGUGUGACAGCAAAAAAGGGGUGACAGCAUUGCUUCCAGCAAAACCGCGCGCCGCCCCCCCUACGAAGUUUCUGUCAAAUUGAUGUCAAUUUGAUAGGGGAGCCUGGACAAAUGCGCCCGAGUGGAAAACGUCUUUUAAUUUAGAGAGAGAGAGAGAGAGAAACUUCACUGCAGAGCAGACUACAUUACUUUUCUAGUUUCAGAGUAAGGGAGGUGACCCCCAAAAACUGAUUACUGACGAACAAAAAUUCAAUUGCUUAUCACAAACUACUUACUCUAAGUGGUUUGUGUUGCUUUUACAAUCUUUGAAAACAAAUCAACAUUGUCCACAUUCCACUAGAAAAUGGCUACUGGUGAAUAUGAAUAUGGAGUUCUAAUUAAAGAGGAGGUGGUGUCUGAUGGCGAUGAAAACAAUACUAACUUUGAAGAAAAAUGUGAUGCACUCGAAACUAGUAUCGUGAAGAAAGAAUUUGAGCCAGAAUAUAUCAAACAUGAAGAUAUUGAUAUGGUAUACAAUCUGAAAUCCGAAGAGUGUCUGGAAGAAGUAAAGGAAGGAUUACUUUGUGAAGAAUGUGGAGGUGCAACUGAUAUCUUCGGCCCUGAUAGUGUGGAAUCCUCCUGUAAAUGUCAAUGCCAGAAUGAGUCUAAUGCUAUGCAAGAUGAAGAUAUGUCUAGGGAUUUUAAACCACUCAUUUUUGGUUCAGAUUCUGGAAACUCUCAUUUUGAAAUUCCAGAAGAAAAAUUAGUUGUGAAAGAAGAGGUUGUAUACAAUGAAAAUGUUCCAUCAACGUCAAGUAAAAAUGAAAUUUCUAUUGAAAGUUUUCAUGUUGUUAAACACGAAACGCCACAAAAAACUGAGAAGGUCAACAAAACAUUCAGAUCUGGGUACUAUUUGAAUUCAGUUGGGCAGAGCAUUCAAGAAGAAAACAAAACGUGCUCAAAAAAUGUAAAUGAAAAAACCGAUAGUGAAAACAGAUCAACAAAGAAGAUCCCCUUUUCUUGUAAAGUGUGCACAAAAUCAUUCAGUCAAAAUUGUGAUUUGAAAAGACAUUCAAUGAUUCAUACUUGCAAAAAACCAUUUCAGUGUAAAAGCUGCUCUAGGUCCUUCACUUACAGAAGUAAUUUAAAAUGGCAUGAAAAACAUCAUACUAGUGAAAAACCAUUUCAGUGCAAAAUAUGCUCCAAAUCUUUUGUUCAAGGCAGUGAUUUCAAAAGACAUGAAAAAAUCCAUACUGGCGAGAAACCUUUUCAGUGUAAAAGCUGCUCAAAGUCCUUCACUUUCAGAAGUAAUUUGAAAUUGCAUGAAAAACAUCAUACUGGCGAAAAACCAUUUCAGUGCAAAAUUUGCUCCAAAUCUUUCAUUCAAGCCAGUGAUUUGAAAAGACAUGAAAAAAUUCAUACCUGUGAAAAACCAUUUCAGUGCGAAAUCUGCCUUAAAUCAUUUAUUCGAUCAGGUGAUUUGAAAAGACAUGAAAAAAUUCAUUCUGGUGAAAAACCAUUUCACUGUAAAAUAUGCUCUAAAUCUUUUACUCAGAAAGGUAAUUUGAAAUUGCAUGAAAAAAUUCAUACUGGCGAAAAACCUUUUCAGUGUGAAAUCUGCUCUAAAUCAUUCAUUCGAAGAGGUGAUUUAAAAAGACAUGAAAAAAUGCAUACUGGUUGAAAAGCAUUUCUUUGUAACUCAUGUGUAAUUAUCCUGAGUGUGGGAAUAUAUACCCAGGGAUUCAUUUGACAAAUUUGUCCUUGAGGAAACGGAGGAAUGUGGAAAUUUGAUUGUUGGCGGUGAAUAUCAUUUUUAUGUCCUGUUUUUUGAGAAUUCGGCCAAUUUUGUCAGUUACACAUUAAAGGUGUAACACAUUUCCACUUCAGUAGCUUCCGCUGAUAUAAAUACCACCGAACACCCAUGGAAACCUCCGUUCAAUCGUAGUAUAAAGAUAUAUCUUAUUAUCUUUAUACUUUCAAUCUAGGGAGUAGGCGUGUCGCUAAGUCAGCAUUAAGAAAUGCCUCUGAUGAUGUUAACUUGGUUAUCGAAACGUCCAGCGAGGCACAGUAUUUGUGUUCUGAUGCGGAGAAAGUUUUUUCAGUCAAUGAAUUUGAGGUUGCACAUACAGUAAAUUCAUUCAAAAACGAGAAUUCAACAGGAUGAAAAAAUGUCUCCCAAAGUAUUGACGUUGAUUACCAGUUGCAUAAUUUCACAACUUAUUUAA